UUAAUGUUGAUUGACUGUUUUGAUUGAUUUUCAGCUCUAAAUUCAAUUUAUUACAUGAAAUAUCUUAUCAAUGGUUCAUUUAAUUGUCAAUUGAAGUGUUUUAUCAAUUAAGUUUCUCCAUAAAUAGGUGAGUCUCAAAUAGUUUGGCCAUUUAAAGUUGUGUGGUUGUACUUUAGAGAAAAUUAAAGAGACUUGUAGUUGGCACGAAAUAUGGAUGCCCGAGGAUCAUCUGGUGCAAUGGUGGUGGAAAGUACUGAAAUGGACGUCCUGACUGAGGAGGCAAUCAAGUCUACUGGUAGUCACGAAGGUGAUGAUGAAGCAAAGCCAGCCGCGGGGGAUGCACCACGCGCAAGCCGACUCUAUCUUGUGGGGCUUCAUGUGAAGAUAGCAUUUCUCACAAUAUGCUGGGUGUACUUUGUGUGGAUGUUGCUGGUGAAUGGGGAGAAAGAAGUGCAAUUUGUUGGACUCACAGUGCCAAUGGAUGGGAGGGAGGUGCAAAUUUCAUCGGAACCAUUCGUCCUGCUGCUCAAUGGACCCUUCCAUCAAGAUGCGGAGCGUAUGGGUGGAUAUUAUCUAUUUGUGUCUGCAGGGACUAAUGGGAGUGGUGAUGUUUGGAGGGUGCCUGUGGUGAGGGAUUUGGAGAAAUCUCCACCACAUACUCUGAGGCAGAGCUUCAUACCCCCCGAAGGUGGUGUUAUUCGGCUGUGGACAAAUAUGUCGAGUGGCAUCUUCAUCCGCAUGGGUGUUGAUUUAGCGGUGUUUGAUGAAGUCCAUGGGGUUGUGUAUGCCACACUCAUUCUCAUCAUUCUCUACGCCCUCAUUAUCUGGGAUGUUGUUCAUCGUACUUUCGCAGCUAUUCUCAUGUCCACACUUGCAAUUGGUGUUUUAGCCAUGCUGGGUGAUCGUCCCACUGCCCAGGAGGUUAUCAGUUGGAUUGACUACGAGACCAUCCUCUUGCUAUUUAGUAUGAUGAUUUUUGUGUCAAUUAUGAGUGAAACGGGUAUUUUUGACUAUGCUGCUGUGCGCACAUUUCAACUCACCAACGGACGUAUUUGGCCACUUAUUCACGGACUCUGCUUCGUGACACUGGCAAUAUCAGCAUUUCUCGAUAAUGUCACAACAAUCUUAGUCAUGACCCCCAUCACAAUUCGUCUGUGUGAACUGAUGAAGCUCAAACCAGCCCCGGUUCUUAUGGCGAUUGUCGUUCACGCCAAUAUUGGUGGGACAGCAACACCCGUUGGCGAUCCACCCAAUGUGAUAAUAACUUCAAAUCACUUUAUAGCCACAAAUGGAGUGACAUUUCUCACUUUCACAUCCCACAUGGCCACUGGGGUGAUUUUUGUUGUGGUGCAGACACUGCUGCAGUUGCGAAUGAUUUUUCGGGAUGUGAAUACAUUGCGAAUGGCAGUGCCGGAGGACAUUGAAAAACUUAAACGGGAAUUGCACAUAGCACCGGCUACAGAGCAACCACAGCUUCGGCGUCAAUUGAAAAAGCUGUCCACAAGGGGUAUCGUCAAUAGGAAUGAAUACAUGAGGACACUCCAAGAGCUCGAGUCACUCUAUUCAAUUAGGAAUAAGCCACUACUCAUAAAGUCAACCAUUUGUCUCGCAUUCAUCAUCAUUCUCUUCUUCGUGCAAUCCAUUCCGAGUAUUCAUAGCAUUUCCGUGUCAUGGGUGGCACUCCUCGGUAUGCUUUUGCUCCUUAUUCUUCACAAUGUGUCCAAUAUGGAGGAGAUUCUGGCAAAGGUUGAAUGGGCGACGCUACUCUUCUUUGCCGCAAUGUUCAUCCUUAUGGAAUGCCUGAGUCGCUUGGGGCUCAUAAGGUGGAUCGGGGUGCAAACUGAGCGUCUCAUCUUGGCUGUACCGUCGCACUAUCAACUCGCCAUGGCCAUCAUUAUCAUCCUCUGGGUGUCAGCCCUUGUUUCUGCAUUCGUCGAUAGUAUCCCCGUGACAACGAUGAUGGUGCGAAUUGUUGUUGCCAUGGCCCAGAAUCCCAAACUCACCCUCCCACUCCAACCACUCGUGUGGGCACUCGCUUUUGGGCCAUGCCUCGGUGGCAAUGGGACCCUCGUUGGGGCGUCCGCCAAUGUUGUGUGUGCAGCAUUAGCUCAGCAGAGAGGCCACAUCAUCACCUUCCGAGCUUUUUUGAGAUUCGGAUUCCCACUAAUGCUGGGGAGUGUUUUGGUAACCACCGGAUAUUUGCUACUAGCUCAUGUUGUAUUCUCGUGGCACUAAAUACAGCGAGUGUGGAAAUACGAGAUGCGCCAUGUAAUGCAUUUUCCCAGGGUACGUGCAAUUACCAAGUUCUCCUGUAAUUUUGGGAGUUUGGGAAUAAGGAUUGUAAAAGUACAUAACAUAAUUAUAACCUUUUGUUAUAUAUAGAAAAACUUACAUGACAUGAAAAAUCAGGGAUUUAUGAGCAUAAAAAAGUACUUAAUGGGCCUUAUUCAGCGACCAA